AUGAAACGCGUCUUUUUAGUAUUUUUCGUGUUAAUAAUAACCUUCUUGGUCGCAACAUUUUUUACAACAAAUCUUAACCAUCGACCAACUCCUUCUCCUUUACCAACUUAUUCUCCACAAAUAAUAGAUCAUGAAUCAGAACUCAAGAUACGAGCUCAAGAAUUGGAACUUGCCUUGAAAAAAACUCGUAUAAUGAUCAAAAAUAAUUUAAAAGAUUAUUCAUUUCCUUCUUCCAUUCCAGGUUCAAAUAUCAAAUCUCGAGAAGAAAUAUUAGCAUUUCGUGAAAAGAUGGAGUGUAUCACUACAAAAGGAAAAUGGAUAUUUGAUGAUACCCCAAGAGAAAUUCUUAAACAUAAACAAGAAACCCUUUACGGGAAAUGUGAUAAACGUUUACAAUCCUCUUUUGAUCUUAAUAAAAAAAAUUCUUCUAUUGAAGAGAUAUGGGAAAAUACUAGAAAUUCAGUAAAAUAUAUUUGGAAACCUUCACCACAAUGCCCACUUCCUAAUUUCACUCGAGAAGAUUUUUGUUCUUUAAUUACGGGUCUAAAAUUUUUAUUAGUUGGUGAUGCGUUAUCAUUUCAACUCCAUGAACUAUUACUUGAUUAUUUUCAUGAUGGGCCUGUACAAUGUUAUGGUCAAAUUUCAUGUAAAGAACAUGUUCUAUGUCGACCUUCACCACCUUUUGAAGAUUUUUCUAAUUUAACUUCAAAGAUGAAGUACAUUCGUAAUGAUAUAUUGUCUAAUAGAAAAGUUAUACUUCUCCCGGAAGAUCAUGGUAUCAUGGAAUUAAGAAAUUUAGAGUUGCCUUGGUCUCCUUUUUCUUAUCAUUAUAAUGUAGUCAUACUUAAUAAAGGUCAUCAUUAUCAGAGUGAUAAGAUUUUUCGAUUAACUUUAAUAAACGCAAUAAUAAAGAUUCGAAAAAACAGGCCAGAUACUCUCAUCAUCUUUAAAUCUACUACAUUAGGUCACCAAAAUUGCGAUGAUCCUGAUCUUAAACCUUUAGCAACCAAUUAUAAUAUUAAUGAAUUGAAGAAUUUACCUUAUCAUUGGGAUGAAAUACAUAAACAAAACAUGAUCGCUAAAGAAAUUGUUGAAGCUGCUGGUGGUGUUUAUUGGAAUUUAGAACAUAUUAUGGAAUCUAGGGUUGAUGGUCACAUUGGCGGUCGUGAUUGUUUAAGAUGGUGUAUACCAGAUCGUAUAUUUACUGCUAUUGAAUAA